AUGGCUCCGAGCUCAAGAGGAGUAGAGUCGUCCGCCAUGAGGAGAGGGGGAAAGGGGGGGGAGGGGGGGGGGACGACACCACCUGGAGAGGUGGUGCGGUCAAGGAGGGGGGACGACACCACCUGGAAGGGUGGUGCGGUCACGGUGCGUGCGGCUGCGCUGGGUCACCCGCGGCUGCGCUUUGUCACGUGUGACUGCGCCGUGUCGCCCGUAGCAGCGCUGUCCGUCCACGGCUGCGCCUUGGCGCCCGUGGCUGCACCGUGCCACGGGCCUGUGUUCGCCAGCCAGCUGUCGCAGCAGUUUGGGCUCGCCACUGAGGUGCACGCGCUGCCAGCGGGCGACGCCAUGUGGGUGGCACGGCAGCGGGCGAGUGGGCGGGACUACGUGUUGGACUUCAUAGUGGAGUUCACGCGCGCUCACGACCUCUGGAUGGCCAUCAAGUCCUCCCGCUUCCGCGACCAACGCCUGCGCCUCCAGCGGUGCGGCGUGCGUCGUCUGUUGUGCCUCGUGGACGGCUCACUGGACGACCUCGUCGCCUCCGACCCCAACCGAGCUGCCAUGAUAGAGGCGGAGAUGGAGGAGGGGGUGGACAUACAGCAGACGGCAUCGCUGCACGACACCAAGCAGCGCUACCUGGACAUCACCACCGCGCUCGUCUGCCGCUACAACGACGCCGCCAUAGCCCUGCAACGCCACCUGCAGCACCACGCGCACGCGGGCGGUGCUCCCCCCUCACCCCCUCCGCCCUGUCCGCUGUACGGCGAGUUCGUGGCAACGUGCCGCUCCGUGCAGUCCGACUCCGUCUGCAACCUCUUUGGCCACCUGCUGCUGCAGGUGCGGUCAGUGUCGGUGGACACGGCCAUCGCUGUGAUGCGCCGCUUCCCCUCGCUCAGGGCGCUCGUCAACGCCUACCACCUCAUGGAGGGCAACCCAGAGGGGCAGGCGAUGCUGCUGACGCGCAUCACAGUGAAGGGGCGCCGCAUAAGCGAGGCCGUCAGCCGCAAGAGUGGGAGUGAGAUUGAGAGUGGGAGUGAGAUCGAGAGUGGGAGUGAGAUUGGGAGUGGGAGUGAGAUUGGGAGUGGGAGUGAGAUUGAGAGUGGGAGUAAGAUUGAGAGUGGGAGUGAGAUUGGGAGUGGGAGUGAGAUUGAGAGUGGGAGUAAGAUUGAAAGUGGGAGUGAGAUUGGGAGUGGGAGUGAGAUUGGGAGUGCGAGUGAGAUUGGGAGUGGGAGUGAGAUUGGGAGUGGGAGUGAGAUUGGGAGUGGGAGUGAGAUUGGGUGUGGGAGUGAGAUUGGGUGUGGGAGUGAGAUUGGGAGUGGGAGUGGAUGGUUGGAGUGUGGUGCGAGUGCUGUGAGUGUGUGA